AACCUGAAUCGCAGAUUUUCUGUAACAUGGAUUUAACGUAGCUUCUAGAGUCAAUGAUUUCAGAGUAGGUCAGAAUAAAUUCAAACAAUUUAUUAACCAGGUAAUUGAAAGAAUGGGUGUUUCUAAGUCAUGCAGUGAAAAUGAUGCCCCUACCUGACCCUAACCUAAACACAACCACCACCGUGACAUGACCAAAUCAUGCAAUGGGAUUGUCCCUUUGUUAUGGCCUCGCCCAACGAUCAGGUUAUUUUAUAAUUAUCCCAUAGUUUAUGCACAUUUUUUUUAUGUUUUUGUUUGAUUAAAGUUAAAUAAGGUUUGCACUAUUUAUGUCCCUGAUUAAACAAACCCCAGCUAAAACCAGCCUAAGCUGGCUGACUGGAUUUAUCUGGUCUCCCAGGCUAGUUUUAGAGGGGUUUUGGACACUUUUAAUUUUUUAGCUGACCAGUCUGGUCUUAGCUGGUCAAGCUGGGAGACCAGCUAAAAGACCAACUUAAACCAGCCAACCAGCCUAGGCUCGUUUUAUUGUUGUUGUUUUUUUUGUUUUUGUUUUUGUUUUUUCCCCCAGCAGGGGUGUGUGGGACUAUUAUUUUGAAAACGCAUGCAUUUGAGAGCAUAUUCCAGGAAAAAACGGGUAAAGACUAGAAGGGAUACAGCUAAAAUUAAUAUUGGGUCAUACUGUAUUUGCAUUAUUGUAAGGGUAGGUUUAAGGUUGGGGAAGGUGUAGUCGUUAAUAAAACACAUUCUGAUAAGUAGCAAAUUAAUUUACUGUUAUUUUAUCGUGAAAUUUUGCCUCACUUCCGUUCGUUGCUGUAUCCUUCUAGACACAACCGGAAAAACGUUCAGCAGUCGACGCUGGUAAAGCAAGCUCUUAUGAAGCAGAGCAGGACCGAGUGUUGUGGGAGCUGAACGAGGCCGCUGGAGCGAUUGUGCAACACACACCACGAGCAGCAGAACUUUUAUUAUGCCGCAGUUGCCGGCGCCACUUCCGCUAUUCCGGUCAUGAGUAUGAGGUGUGUUUGGUGAUGAAGUGAAGUCAGUGUCAGUGAUGGAGGGAGAAUCGGUCCUUCUACACUCUGAUGUCACUGAAAUACAUAAAGACGACAACAUACUGUGGAAAUUUGGAACUGAAAACUCUAUCAUAGCUAAAAUCAAUAGAGCGAAACACAUUUCCUCCACAUAUAAUGGUCCUGAUGGGAGAUUCAGAGACAGACUGAAGCUGGACAAUCAAACUGGAUCUCUGACCAUCACAAACACCAGAACCACAGACUCUGGACUCUAUAAACUAGAUAUAUUUGGAGCUAAACUUUCAUCAAAAACAUUCAAUGUUUCUGUCUAUGCUCAUCUGUCCACUCCUAACAUCACCAGAGAUUUUUCACAAAAUCUGUCGUCAUCAUCAAAUUGUUCACUGCUGUGUUCAGCUGUGAAUGUGAGUCAUGUGACUCUCUCCUGGUACAAAGGAAACAGUUUAUUGUCCAGCAUCAGUGUGUCUGAUCUCAGCAUCAGUCUCUCUCUACCUCUGGAGGUGGAAUAUCAGGAUAAAAACACCUACAGCUGUGUGCUCAACAAUUCAUACACCAACCAGACGAGACAUCUCAACAUUAAUCAACUCUGUCACACAUGUGCAGCCGUUACAGCACUGGCCCCACAGACUGUUUCACAGACUCCUUCAGUUCUUCCAGUCUCUCUGAUAGUGCUGAUCUCUGUUUUUGGAUCUCUGUUGAUUGUAGCUGUAGUCGGGAUCUUUUGCAUCUACAGGAAAUGUAGAAAAACAGUUCAGACAAAGGAGGAAGACAGAACUGAUCCAGCAUUGAGUAAACCAACAACACUAAAAGAGAAAUCAAAGACAGAGGCUGUGUAUGGAAAUGUCCCCAAAAAACAAUGACCGAAUACUCUAUCCACUGGAACUGAUGUUAGAGUUAAUACUGGACACUGACUCGCACAUUUUGACCACAUUUAUUAUCUGAUAGGAUAUGUCUUUUGGGUUGCACUUUAUUUUACAGUAUGUGCACUUGCAUGUACUUACAGUGUACUUACCAAAGAAAGUACUGGGUUAUAUAUAAGGGAUAUAACCACGUGGGUUAAGGUUAGGUUUAGGGUGAGGUUCAUGGUUAGUACCUAUUGCAAUUGCAAUUAUUAUAAGUACAUAGUAUGUACAUGCAGAACAGGACUGUAAAAUAAAGUACUGCCGUCUUUUGUUUUCACUCUUUGUAUCAUAUCUUUUGGUGUUUUUGUGAUGCAUGACAUUUUGUUUUUUCCCCAAUAUCAUAACAUCCAGAAACUCAACUGCAAUGUUCUACGUUUAGUUUGUAAUAUGGACAUUUACCUAACAUUCAUAAUUAAAGGUUACUUUUAUUCUUUUUAGGAAAUGUAACUGGAUACUAACUGCAUUGCAUGAUUGCAGUAUCACACACAAUAUGAUCUGUGAUAUUCAUUCAUUUGAAUUAAAUAUUUUAAUCAUUA